CGAAUUACAUUAGAUAGUCGUGCAUUAGAAUUCAAAGAGGAUUUUGUAAAAGAUAAUGAUAAACUAAUGUGUCGAUUCUGUCACUAUAGUGUUGACUAUAAUAUUCGGUCAACAAUAGUUUCACAUAUUGAAUCAAACAACCAUCAAAAAAAUAAAACUGCAGCAGAGCGGACAACUCAGACACGGCAACAAACUCUUCCAACAGUUUUACAAGCUUCAGAGUCAAGAAAGAAUGCUGUAACCUCGCUUGUAAAGGCUUUUGUCGAAGCAAAUAUCCCUCUUGAAAAAGUUGACAAACUUCGUAAUUGGAUUAGAGAAAACAUUCAUGAGGGUAGUGCA